AUGUCGUCGCUCCACAGGUGCCUGCCGUGGCUGAUCCUCCUCCUGGUGCUCCGCGACGGCGGCGGGGGGACGGCGGUGGCGGCUGCCGGGAAGGUGCCGGCGAUCAUCGUGUUCGGCGACUCCUCGGUGGACACGGGCAACAACAACUUCAUCCCGACCAUCGCGCGGAGCAACUUCUGGCCCUACGGGCUCGACUUCGCGGACGGCCACCCCACGGGCCGCUUCUCCAACGGCCGCCUCGCCACCGACUUCAUCUCGGAGGCCUUCGGCCUGCCGGCCUCCAUCCCGGCCUACCUCGACACCACGCUCACCAUCGACGACCUCGCCGCGGGCGUCUCCUUCGCGUCCGCCUCCACCGGCCUCGACAACGCCACCGCCGGCAUCCUGUCCGUGAUCACCAUGGCGGAGCAGCUCGAGUACUUCAAGGAGUACAAGCUGCGGCUGAAGCUGGCCAAGGGCGACGCGCGCGGCGAGGAGAUCAUCCGCGAGGCGCUCUACAUCUGGAGCAUCGGCACCAACGACUUCAUCGAGAACUACUACAACCUGCCGGAGCGCCGGAUGCAGUACACGGCGGCGGAGUACGAGGCGUACCUGCUGGGGCUCGCCGAGUCGUCCAUCCGCGCCGUGCACGCGCUCGGCGGCAGGAAGAUGGACUUCACGGGGCUCACGCCCAUGGGCUGCCUCCCCGCCGAGCGCAUGGGCAACCGCGGCGACCCCGGGCAGUGCAACGAGGAGUACAACGCCGUCGCCCGGAGCUUCAACGCCAAGCUGAAGCAGGCCGUCGUCCCCAAGCUCAACAAGGAGCUCCCCGGCCUCCACCUCGUCUACGCCGACACCUACGACGUCCUCGACGCCGUCGUCAGGAAGCCGGCCGACUACGGUACGUGCGCAGUUCGCGUGGCCAUGCAUGCACAGCCGAUCAACUCCGGCAUGCAUGGCCGUGGCCGAGCUCGCUUUUCUGAGUUGGUAGGAUGCAUUCAUGCCCUGCGCUCAAUCGUUCGAUCGUUUCGAUUGAUGGUGCACAGCACUGCACCACUGCAACGGGAAGCACGGCAUGGGCGCCACAUGCCGUGUCUCCUGUUGCAUGCACCACCUCCAGUUGCACGCACAGUGCGUGGCAUCAUCAUGCAUUGA